AUGUUCUCGCCGAAGGUACAACCAUGGACACUCAUAACUCCUAAUUACACAAAUGCAAUGAAAUAGGUUAAAAAAUGCUGCGGACGUGGUGGUUGACUCCCUGAGUAGGCGUUGCAUCGUAAAAGAUGGCACCGACGGAUAUCAACAUUUGAGACAGUGAACAUUUUACAGAACAUAAUCAGAGCACCCAUAACCUUUCAACGAAUUAUACAAAGGACAUUGAGAGAGCCCUCAUUCAAUUCGCCUAAAAGCCUCAUUGCAAUGUGGUUGGUCAUCCUCUGCCUCCCAUGAUUAUCAACCAUUCCACAGCCACCAGAACGAAUAAAGUCUACGAGCCGGAUGCGUACUAUAGUAAAAUCGCGUAGGGGACCUCUGCACACAAACUGUACGCUCCUUUUUCUCUUAUUGCAGAUCAAUUUUCAGCGUGCGUCUAAGACUGACAAAAACGUUUCGGCUGUAGGCCAGGUCUGCAAUGUAAAGGUAAAUAGUCCAAUAUCGUGGAACUUUUCUUCAGAUCCCACUUUCCGGCCAAAGUCCCGUGGAGAAUAUCAAUGAACAUCUUCCGCGCCAGAUUCGCAUCUUGGGUGAGCAGCAUUCUCUUUUCGUUUAAGAGCUUUUCAAGACUAAUCCUAUCUUUAACCCAUGAACUUUACUUAAAGUCAGUAGAGUACAAAGCCGCACUUCUCGGUCGAGUAAAUUCAACUUUUGAGGGUGAGGUUACACUAUCGCGAGUCCUACUGUUUUUAUCUGAUAAUCAACGCCAGUCAAAAUUUGCGAUCCUGACAGUCUUUUAAGGGGACUGUUGGUUUUUCUAAUAAUCGGGAAGUGUAUGGUUUGCGCACGUCGUAGACUUAAUAUUGUGUGAGAUUCGCUACUGCUUUUAUUUUCGUAGGUGUUGUUCGACUGCGUUUUUCCCAUGUACCACCUAUGCCUUUACUUCUUCUAUGUAUUUCAUCGGCUUGUACUAUCGACUUUCCAAACAACCGCCCGAGAGCUGGGUGUUGCAGGAGUUGUAGCAGGCAGCCCUCAUGACCGGUCUGGCGCCAUUUUUGUGGACCCCGCCGCAUCAGGUUCAUUCACCCUUUACAGUGAGCCAUUUCAGACGCUCUGACCUGGAGUCACACGACCGACAGCUCCGGCAUACCAGGGUCCGUACAGUCGCAGCUGCCAAUGAGGCCACUUGAACGUACCUCCCCAUGCAACCUGAACCUGAGCUACUGGGACACCACCCCUUGGCAAAAGCAACGCACACUCACUGGGCACCACUUGGUCUUGACCCACGAGCCUACAAAAGCAGCUGCCACCACUGUCUCAGGGACUCUCAUGAAUGAAUGGACGUAGUAAACACCAGCCCUGGAUUCGCCAGUGACCACUGCCGCCACUCCGGGUUCUGUGUACAUUAAACACCUCAUUCUAGUGCCUUCCGUCUACUCCUUCCAGCAUAGGGUUUGUCCUGAUUAUGGUAGCGCUCGGACUACACACUCACACCGCUUAGUCGCUACAGAGGGUCUGUAUAGGCUUAUUAUUGUACUCCUCAUUCCGGACGCGAUUGAUAUUAUGCUACUGUUUUGUUCGCAAUCUACUGCAUAUCAGAGGGUGAGUAUUUUGAAAUUACUUUUACAAAUGAAUCUUUUUAGUGCUCAGAAAAUCGGCUUUUGCGUAAUAGUCCCAUCAGGCUUACCCAUUGCUCGUCUACUUCACAGGGUACACCGCGAUGUGGGACAGGAAGCUUUCCCAUGCCUGUUUUAGGUCAGCAUUUUCUAGUCUUAUCCAUAAACGAUAUGGUCGGAUCUUAUUUCGUAGGCGUACCCGCAGUAGACAAGCCCCAGCCUAGCGCCUAACCCCUAACCGUAACCUCUAAUAGGUACGGCUACGAAAUAAGAUCUUGCCGAAGAUAUUGUAUCUCGCCAGUGUGGGCCCACAAAGCCCCGCCUGACACAAAGCCUCCUUCAUGUCAUGUUCUUCUUGGGCGGAUCCAGGUGGUCUGCGUCUUACAGUUUGUGUUGGCGGCGGUCUGCGUUUAAAAAAGAAUUAGUUCAGAGUUUACAGCUAUUUCUUAGUGUUGAAAUUAUCACCUACCUAGAUAUAUUGAUGCUUACAUCUACAUGGAUAAAUGUACUUUCUGUGCUUCGAUAUUCAAGUUGUGACUGUUUUCGUUCUGAAAUCUACGUUAUAUGCCAUGACUUAUUUCAAAUACACACAGUGGGUGACCUAAGUCAUGAACUAAGUCGAAAUUUACGAAUGAUUGCUAAUCACUCGCAAACUGACACCACUCGAUGGACUAAACUUUAGGAGAAUUUAAAGCAUGAAAUAAAAAAUAAAGGCAAUGUUGCGCUGUUGAGAAAUGCCAAUUUCUGAGAAAAGCGCAAAAUCCCGAAAACGUCAGAAUGGUAGCAAUUUGGUAAACUUCAUUUUUAAGUUUUCGAAAAGUCCGUCCAUGGGAAAAACUGGGUGAAUAUAAAAGCACAAAUAGAAUGACAGUUAAGAAUAAUGUUUUAGUGAAGUUUUCAUCUAAAUAUCCUUUAAGGAUUAGUGUAAUUCCACGUAUGGCGCUUUGCCAGUUUCACAAGGAUUCGUGAUAUCCCUUAGUCUUUUGAAUUAAUUGAGAUGCGGUUAAAUAAUAAAAGCAAGAUUUCGCCGGCAGGAACAUCAUAGGCACAAAAGUUUUCAUAAGGUCACAUGUUGCCGGGUCGAUUAGUGUCAAGUAAUUUUAAAUAGAAUUGGCAUGUGUAACGGUAAACACAACAUUUUGUGGUUGUAAAGAGAACUUUUCUUCCGUUAAAUUAAUUUGCAAUUUUCGUUCGUUCAGGAUUACGUUGAGUUGCAGAUCGGCCUUGAAUUAUCGAGGAAUAUUUCGCGAUUUUCAGCCUUUUUAUCCGAUAUCCCAUAAGGACAGAUUCCGUAUUGUGUCUGUUAAAAACUUUAAAAUAAGGUACUUCUUGGAGGCAUUUACCGAAGUAGCGGAGGUUUGGGCAUUCCUUUUCAUCUAGAACGUAAUCUGGGUCACAUUUAAAAACUUACGCAAACAGGAACCCUCAUCGUCGAAUAAAACUGACGUCCACAACUAAUAUGCCUUAGAUCAAUUAGAAAACUUUCUCUAAUUAAUUACCUCUAUAAGAAGCGCUUUGAUACUGCACUCCGUUGACGGAUGUCUGAGUAAUAUUUUCAGUGAGGCCAAGAAAACAUCUGACACUUUCGGCCGCAAACGAAAGAACACGCCUUUUUCUUUAUAUUUCGGCCAUUUAAAUUGUUUUUGCUUAACUUGAGACUCCGUUCUACGAUGAUGAAUGCACGGCUGUGUGGCCAUGUAUACACUGAUAGGUUGCCGAAGAUGUUAACGUUUUGCUCGUUCCUUUUAUUAGUUAGGUACGUGCAGAAGCUGGAUUGCACAAACAGUACUAUUUAAUAUGUUCAGAGCUGAAAAUGACAGUUCGACGGUGGUCGUUCCUGUGACAACACGUAGAAUUUUCUAAGCGGCAAAACAAUUUUAGCCCAGUUAAAUGAAAGAUCGCCUGUGUGCGUUAUUACUGCACUUUAGGGCACAAAAUCGCACAGACCUGCUAAUCUGAAUUCUAUACAUCAACAGAACAUCUGGUUCCCUUAAAAUAAUGUUUUUUAGGAAGUUGAUUACCACGGUUGCCAUCGGACAAAAAAUUAAUUUUCAAGUCCGACAACCUCUGUUUAUUAAAACCUUCUGGAGUAAAUUACUCUCCUCCCAAGGAAAAACCCGCUCAGAUGGGCAACCGAAGUCCAGAACAGGUAUUAGCAUAGGAAACUGUCCGAGUAUAACGCGACGUCCAUUUUCGAUCAAAUUGAUGAGCAUUUGCUUAGAGAAAAUUACGUGGACACAAUUUCUGCACAAGACGAGUACAUUUCCUAAAAUAGGCUGGGCGGGCAAGCAAAAUGCGCAACGUUUAAGACGUUCUAGAUUCUCACAUCAGAUUCUGUCACCAGGUUUUAUGAGAUAGGCCACGUACUGUAUACCUGCACAUGCAUUUGCAUACCAUGCCUCCUUACAUCAGUAGACUCGACUUUUCCUGUUCUUUCUCACCGUUAGAGUUCGUUCUUGUUCUUAGUUUUGCAUUUUUUUGUAAAUUCUUGUCCGUCAAUAUGUCUCAUGGCAUGGCUAUCAGUCUGCGUUGUUUGUAGGUCGCUUACUGCAUGCGGCCAAUUACCAUUGGCAACUAUUUCCCUUGGAGCCUGAGCUUCAAUUAUUUAGUUGACGGCGGCUUAUUCAGUUGCCUGAAUUUCCAUGAGAACCGUUUUGGUUACUUUUUCGAUUUUGUGCCCUUACCGUCGAAGCGCAUUCGAAGGUUUCUAUGUAAUUUUUUCUCUAAUUUCUCCAUAUCGUUUUCCGUGCGCCCGAUGGCCAAACUCGUAGAACCCCUCUUACGACCACGGGCGUUAAACAGGCUGCUCAGGUUAUCUGUUUUUGGCCCCGGAUACAAACCAUACCCUCGCCUGGCAAUCAAUACCAAUCAAAAUUUGCGAACCUGAAAGCCCUCCAUGAGGACUGUUGGUUUGCUUAUGUCGCAUAGAUUCGUAGAAUACAUUAUUGUUUAUCAGUGCGCGCGGCGACCAUGCUCCACAGUUCGUUUAAAGGGCCCCUGUGUUUUGAUUGCUAUGCACUUGCGCGAUCUAGGUUCCCUUGUCUGGAACUACAUUUUCUGUCUAUUUACACAGCCCGACAACGUGAAGGUAUACCAUUUAAGCCGGUUUUCACCGUGUUUGUCAUGCUCCCCGUUCCGGAGGGACGAGGUCAGAUUGGAGUGAGGAUGUGGCAGCAGCUAUUCAAAGCGGGCCACAAACCAAAGAUCCACCUGAGCAUACUAUUUGCUCUUGCAUCAUUGUACGAACUAGGAUCUUUAGUAGAAAACAUGAUAAGUAUCAUUGUAAUCAGUGUCGUACAAAUGCCCCAACGUAUUCAUUUUAACAAUUUCGGACAUUGGAAAUGAAUGUCGUACGCUGGAUCCGCCCAUAGAAAACAGCCCUGCGUGAUACUGCGUCAUCACGUGGAAGUAGCUGGACCGCCAUCCUGACGCACCAAUUGAUUAUGAACAGUGGCCGUUUCCAGUUAUCAUACAACGUCGAAUGGUGAAUUUGUUGAUUUUGCUUUCUCCAUAGAUCCCAAGGCUGAGACUUAUCGUUGGUUCGACUAG